AUGAGGCUGGCUGCUGCCGGUGCUGCCGGUGCCCUGCUGUGCUCGGCAGAGGUCCGCGGCGCCAGCUUGCAGCAACGCUGCGCUGCGGCCGUGCGGGCCAGGUGGGGAGGUCCACCACCGCGACCUCAGCCACCCCCGCCCGAAGCUGCCGGCUCCACGUUGGAAGCGGCGCUCACAGGAAGUCGGCCCCCCGACGUCUACCUAAAGACCGAGGAUGUCGAGGACCAAAGAUUCUUCGCACGCAUGCGAGCCAACUCUGUGGUGGGAGGUGACUUGCCUCACGGACCCGCCUCGGAGCACAUGUGCCCCAUGCCGGAGUGGGCCUGGAGCAAUGCCACGGGCAUCUUGAUGGACCACCAGUGCUACGACACAACCUGGAGGGAGGCUUUCCUGGGCAUGGCAUCGGCUUUGGAGAAGUCCUUGGUGGAGGAGUGGUGGCCAGCGGAGGGUACGCUGGUGGCGCUGAUGCGCUAUGGAAAGGGCAGCGCGCGUUUGUCCAGGAGCAGCGACGUCGCCGCAGGCGGCGACAUCGAGUUCAUGGUCAACGCUGAUCCGUGGACCAAGAAUUCGACUUCUUCUUGCUUGCAAAGCGCCUGGAAUUCUGGCUGUCAUCGAAGUCCUGGAGAUGCCUGGAGUCGCCAGUGGUCCUCGCCGAUUUGUUCUGGCUGGCCACGCACGACGACUCGCCUCACUUCGAGGUCGAUUACUUCGAGUGCGCCUACGUCUCGAUCUGCGACCCAACACAUGUGGUGCAGGUCCAGCUCCACCGCUACCAGGUGGACCUUGGACGAAGGAAGGCCUUCCUCCAGGAGGUUUGCAGCCCUGAGUGGAGGUGCCGACGGCCAGGCGGCAUCGGCCCGUGGCACUGGCUGCCGAACAGCCUACGGGCGAUCCGUGCCGUGCCCCCGGGAGGCUUUGAAGAUCCUGGAGCGAUCCGGCGAAUAUCCCGGCUGCAUGGGGCUGCCUUUGGUGCAGUGGGUGCGUGUGGGUGUAGAUGCACGGAACCGUGAUCUAGCUUUGAAUGGGCUGACGCUGGAAGAUCUCGAGCUCCUUGAAGCAAACGCGCGGCGUCUUCACCAAGCGGGCCACCUUUCCUUUUUGCGGCAGUUUGCCUCAGGUGGCUGCGCUCGACGGCAGAUGGAGCAGCUCAGGGCAUCCACAGCGCCCAGGGCGCUGCGGGCGUGCGCGAACUGCACGGAGGUGCUUUGCUUGCAUAUUUGGUGCAAGAUUGAUUGGGGCGUUGAUCCGGUGCUGCAGUUUCUCGCGACGGCCCGCGCCGUCAUCUCUCGUUUUGUAGUGACGUUGGCCCACGGCGUUGUUCUGGCGCGUGGGUACAACCCAAAGGGCAUGAAGGCCCUGAAGGACCACUUCCAGACGGAGCUCAGCCUUCAGAAGUGGCAGAUGGCAGUUGGCGUUCCCGACCGGCUUCUGGGCUGGGCCUUGGAGGCUUUGUCCUUCCGGGAGCCGACGCGGCCCCCAAACGCAGAUGAGGCCUUGGGAACGAAGGGCUUCCAGCUUCUUUGGCGUCAUCAUCCGUCCCUGGCGGCGGAUGUCUACCUCCUCCUCCGCCUUCGCGGCUGCACGCCCGGGUUGCCACCGGGCCGGCUGGCCGCCCGACUCUCGCGGAGCACUCAGGCGGCCAGAAACGCCCAGCGGGAGCGGCUCCUCCUCGGCCUUCCGAGGUGGCUGCGGCGGUCUCUCCAGAAUAGACGGGGCGAAGGCAGGGAUGGCCUUCGCCUUCUCCGCAUUCUGGACUUGGGGAACUGCUCUGGGAGCCUGCUGCUGAGCGCCGCUGCGACCGCUUGCCAAGGUGCCCGCCGUUCCGCGCCAGCUGGU